AUGCUGUUCGCGAGCCCGACAGAAUCCUGGCGGCAGAGCCCCAAUGCGUGGACUACUGGUAAUGAUAGCAGCUCACCGCGGCGUGUCGUGACAUUUGCGGUGCAGGACGCCUCGCCGUCGCCAGUCGUGUAUCGGAGCCGAACGCAGAGUCCGUACGCUACUGAUCUGACCAACGAACUUCCACCGGAGCAGCGGCGGUCGCGUAGUCAAGCAGCAACACAGCGGGAUAAAGCAAAAAUGAGGCCGAGUACGGUGAGACCGCGGACGCGGCGUCCUGGAUGGGAUGCGGACGUGAACCACGGGACGACGCUGUUCGAUGCGUCGCUCAAGAAGUCGCAGUUGUUCCAGGCCCGAGCGGGUGAUCGACGUAAAGAAGAGGAGGCGGAAAGGCAGGAAAUAGCGCGAAAGAACGUAGUACGACGGAAGAAGACACCUCCUGCUCGAACGUCUACCGUGCGGUACAGAUCCGGACCCUCCAGUGUGUAUGCACAGCACCGACAGAACGUGACGCACUGGCCGCAGCGAAGAACCAAGGAUUUUAGACUGCCAGCCCCACGAGUAAGCAAGGCUAUGCUGCGUGUGGCAUCGCUGUCUCCUCCUCAGUCUGCUUCAGCGUCUUCACCUGCUCUCACUAUUGAUCCCCCAGCGCCAGAUAAACACAACUCGCCACAUUCGACAACACCUUCACCGGGAAAACGAAGAAGGGGUCUAGGGUGGUCGUCCCCGUAUUCGUCACCUCAACGAUCCCAGCAAUCCUUCUCGUCGCGUCACUCCCCAGCAGUUCAUUCUAUCUCAACAAAUCGAAGUGGUGAUGGCUCACACACCCAAAGAUAUGAUAAUUACCCGACACGAGUGUUUGGCGUUCUUGAUCGAGAUAAUGAUGGACGCAUCGGUGUCAGCCAAAUCCUACAGGGACUUCGACUUUUGGGUCUCCCAGCUACACACAACCAGAUUUCGGACUACGUUUAUCUCAUUCACGAAGGUCGACACAACUCGAUCGAUCUUGAAGAAUGGGAAAUUCUAGCCAUUGUGGCCGCUGGACACCAGUCUAUUUCUCAGGAUGACCCCUAUCUUGAGGAAAUCCAGAAUCGCAUUGAGGGGAUGUUUGAGAGGGCACAAGCAACCGCAGCACUUCGAUGGGCACCUGAAGCGCGAACUAGUCAGGUCGAGAACGAACCAGAGCAUUCCAGGUCGGAUCGUAUACUGAAACAAGCAGCUAACGUUGUGUACAGUCUUCGGGCCUCUCUGUUUCCGCUUGUACACCAAGCUGAAGCCACUCUCCGAGAAAUACAACAGCGGCAUGGCUCCAAGCUGUCUCUUUUCCUGCCUUCAGGAGACCUGGCUACGAUAGCGCAGAAUUCUGAUGUACUCGCAUCAGCAAUUCUAGACGACAUCUUACUGGACACGGUCCAGUUGCUAAACGAGGAAGACAAGCAGCAGUCCUACCGUCACUUAGAACUUCACCACGCCGAUCAACUGGACGAUAUAUUAGCCCGUAUUCAGGAGAUCGAACAUGAAGAGAACAAAAUGAUCCAUCAAGGACUGGCGCUGAGCUAUCAAACUCAAGGCCGUACCAAACCUGACGCUCCCACUAGAAGUUGUGAUGAAUAUCAACAAAUGCCAGUGAGAACGUCGAUCCUACAAGGCAAACGCCUGCAAUCUAUCGAACGAAGAAGACACAAGUUUCUGCAUCACCGUCGGCUCGUGGAAUCGUCUUUGGCUGAGACCGGAAUGACGCAAUGUGCUGUGAUUGAAAUACUGGAGGAAAUGCUACUGGACGAUUUGGUUGAUGAGACCGCCGCAGAACUCGACGAUACUGUAAUAUCGAUGUCAGACACACUGCUGACCAACUUGCUUUGA